AUGCUGCAAAGUCUUUAUAAAUUCCGAGCUCCUUCUGGUGACAAGGUGAACCCCGAAGACAUAAUGGUCAUCGCUCCCUACCGCGGCAGCGGAACCUGGUCAAAGAUUCCCUCCGUGAUCAGCGCCUGCGAGAACCCCAAGAGCUUGGGUUUCAACGCUGACCGUAACCGACUCAAUUUGCCGUUAGUCGGGCUCAAAGAGUCUUUGUCAUUAUUGGGAGCCUUAAAGAUGGGACCGAAGGAUGGUAUCGAAGGAUGGGACCGCCAAGUUCAUGACUGGAUGAUGAGACGUCGUUUUGAAGGGUAA